AUGUCUACUAAGCCUGUAAUUCAGCCUGUGAGUAUCUUGCGGUACGCUGGACGUGUCGACUUUGGACCAGACGCAUCGACUUUCACCCUAGAGAACGAUGGAGACGAAUCUGCUCGAGCCGAGGUUAUAUUGGACUACAAGCGAUGUGAAGGGGGGCUACCUGUCUUCAUUAUCGAUUCGGCUUCAGGACCAGACUCCGUUGAUGUCGCUGUGGUGUACAGUGAGGGCAUCGAGGGCAUUGAUCAUGCCACAGGUGACGGGCCUUUCUUCCUCUUCUCCAACGCAAUGGACACAUACCGCAGCACCACCUUGAACGUACGCGCCUCGUCAUCUACGCAGACAAUCAGAGCUGUCUACGCGCAGCGAUCGCAGCGAUACCAGAAGAUUGUUCUGUCUUCCCCUAAUUCAGCCGUCUCGUUUAAAAGGGUCGGUUUCGAGCAGGUUCGGCCCAGUUAUGUCACAAAGUCCAUGUUCGCCUGCUCCAGCCCCCUGUUGAAUCAGAUCUGGCAAGACGGCGUCAAGACUGUAGAUAUGUGUACAGUUGCAAAGGGCGAGACUUCCUCGGCUUGGGAAGUCACUCAGGAGGGCACCAUUGUACGAGGCCAACACUGGGCACCGUGUCGACAAGGCACACGGUGGGCGGACAAGAGGGUGCAUUUCCAAGUGCAGAUCGAAAACGGAGGUGCAAGUUGGGCUGUCCACAUGGUUGCCAAUGGCCUGAUCUUCUGCUUGGAUGCAGCUGAGAGAGUGCUUUACGCAUGCGAGGGCCUUUCUACCGAGUCCACGAUCUUCCCUGUUGCAGAGAAAGGCAGGUGGCCGAUAGGUGAUCUACAACUGGAGACAUGGCUUGAUGUUGAGACAGUCACCUACGGCGACACUGUUACUGUGUCGAUACAAGGUCGUCAAUUAGCUCGCGUUGAGGGCCUCGACAUCAGACCCAUCCUCGGCGGUAGUGCGAACAACACUGGCUCUGUUGCAUUCGGUGGUCCCUGCCAAUGGGUCGCCAUGUAUCGCCACCUCAGCGUGCAUGAUCCUGCAGACAAGGCUCUUUACGAGAACACUCUACUACUCACCGACGAGCAGCGAACCCUGGCAGAUUUCCAGGUUGGUACCAAUGCGCUGGCCUGCACGAUCGAUGGUGCAAAACGAGACCGAGCCUGUUUCGGUGGAGAUCUCUACGUCAUGGGCCAAUCGAUUGCACACUCAAGCAUGGCGUUCGAAGCCGUUGCAGGCAGCAUCGAGUUAUUAACAAGUCAUCAGAGCAGCGACGGUUAUCUAGGCAAUCUGUGUCCGAUUCAAGCGCCGGUCCACGACAGUACUGGAGAGCCCCCGACCUAUGCCUUCUACUCGUUAUCCUACGCACUUUUGCUUGUUGCUGCAAUUCGAGACUAUUGGUUACAAACUGGCGAUGAAAAGACGCGGUCGAAAUGCUAUGAAUCGUUGGAGAAGCUGAUGGCGUACGUUGAUCAACACAUCAGCGAAGGUGUUGUCAUCGCGCCUCCACCUCUGUCCAUGCACUGGUUCCCACUUGGCGGGCCCGUUUUCGGCGCUUCUGGUGCGCUGAACAACGUAUACUACGAGGCACUUCAGGCGAUGAUGGUUUUAGCUAACGACUCUGCCACCAAGCAGAAGUAUCAAGUGCGGGCUCACCAGCUCAAAGCCGGCAUCUUGCGACAUUUCUACGACCCUUCCACAGGAAUUCACCAUUUGGACAACAGCCUUCCAUCCAAUGGCAUCUGUCAAGACGUCAAGGCCCAUGCCAUGACUUUAGAUCUACUCCCUCCCCACACUGAUGAUAUAGAACACUUGACAGAUCCGGAAUCUGGGCUACCUCGCGCGUUCCGCGGACUUGGUCACUGGGAUGUGGCAAAUGUUGCUAGUCCUUAUGCAACAGGCUAUGCAGUCGAAGCUUUGUUCUCGCGGGACCGAGGUGCGGAGGCCAUUAAACUCAUCGAGCGAGUAUGGGGCCCCAUGGCUGAUACUACGAGCCAAAACUAUUCUGGGGGCCACUGGGAAGCCAUGAAGCCAGAUGGAACACCACAUGGCCACGACACCUCACUUAUGCAUGGCUGGUCAACAUGGCCUGUAUCACUCAUGCCUCGGUAUUUGGCCGGACUGCAACCAAUCGAACCUGGCUGGAAGUUCUUCAGCGUUGCGCCAGUACUGUCUGGUUUGAAGAAUAUCAAAUGCGUGAUGGAGACAGUUGCCGGCACUGUUGGCGUGGAGCUCGAGAUCGAUGAGAUUGAUGGUCACGGUGCACUGAAAGUGCUUGCACCUUACGGCAUACGUGCGCGGCUGCAGUCGCCUCAAGGCUGGAUCAUCCAAGGACCUGAGGUGAUCGAAGGGACGGGAGUAUGGCAGAAGUUCUUCUUGUCUGAAGACUCGAAUGACCAGGACCCGUCCGCGGAAGAGACAGAACCCAAACACCUUGGUUCUCCAGAGUCACAAUCUAGAACACGCGAAGGACAAGAGAGCAGCCUACCCAGCAGGAUCCGCUCGCUGCUGUCGCGCUUUUCUGCUAUUCGCGCCUAG